AUGCAUCCUCUUAUAAUAUUGCCCACCCUGUUGGCGUCCCUACCACUCGUUUCAUCUGGCUCUAUACAAGGCCUGACAGAUCUGGUCAAGCGGCACCUCUCAAUACAUGCAGAGGAUAUAUUAUUUGUCCUUCAUGAAGAAAACUACACCUCAACUGCAUCAAACGACGUGUACGUAGUUCGUUGCGAUGCCGGCAAAGUGAACAUCGAGGGAAACUCCGUCACUGCUCUCGCUUCAGGAUUGCACCGCUACCUUGCUGAUGUUGCGCAUGUUGACGUCUACUGGUCCAUUGGGAGCCAGUUGCAUCAGCUCAAGACGUUACUGGCAUGCGAGCCGCUGAAUGGCUCAAGCAUUGUUUCCUGGAGGUAUCAUUUCAACACGGUCACCUUCUCGUAUACCACAGCCUUCUGGUCAUGGGAAGACUGGGAGCUCGAGCUGGACUGGCUUGCUUUACGAGGCGUUAAUCUACCCCUAGCCUGGGUGGGCUACGAGAAAAUCUUGCUGGAAACCUUUCUGGAUGCAGGGCUUGGCCAAGAACAGGUCUUGGAGUUCUUCAGUGGCCCUGCCUUUCAAGCAUGGAAUCGGUUUGGCAACAUUCAGAGCUCCUGGACGGGCGAGCUCCCCAUUUUUUGGAUUGAUUCGCAAUUCGAGCUGCAGAAGAAGAUCCUGAAGCGCAUGAUUGAACUCGGGAUGACCCCCGUGCUACCAGCUUUUACCGGGUUUGUGCCACGAGCCUUUCCGGUAUUGUUUCCGGAGGCUAAUGUAGUCAAUAUGUCGCGGUGGAACGGCUUUAACUCCGAGUUUUCAAAUGUCACAUUUCUGGAGCCUUCUGAUCCGCUUUUCGCACAGCUACAGAAGAGUUUCUUGCAGAAACAGAAGGAGUACUAUGGCAACAUUACUCAUAUAUAUACCCUCGACCAGUUCAACGAGAAUGAUCCUAUAUCUGGAGACUUCGAGGAUCUAGGUUCCCUUGCCAACGCAGUCUGGCAGAGUCUGAAGGACGUAGAUCCAGACGCUAUCUGGAUGCUUCAAGGCUGGUUGUUUUUCUACAGAGCGGACUUUUGGACAAAGGAAAGAGUGAAGGCCUUCCUGGACGGAGUCCCCGAAGAUAACGACAUGCUGAUUCUGGAUCUGUACUCAGAGACAUAUCCGCAGUGGCAAAACCUGGACUCUUACUUCGGCAAGCGAUGGAUCUGGUGCCAGCUCCACGACUUUGGCGGGAAUCAGGGACUAUAUGGUCAAGUCAUGAAUGUGACGAUCAAUUCAGUCGAAGCAUUAGCCAGCUCAGCGUCCCUUGUGGGCUUUGGACUCACCAUGGAGGCCCAGGAGGGUAAUGAGAUUAUGUAUGACCUGCUGUUAUCCCAAGCAUGGUCGUCUUCGCCUAUCAAUUUACCUCAAUACUUCCAUGAGUGGGCAAAGACUCGAUACGAUGAUGCCUCAAGCGGCGUCCUGCCGAAGGCCAUAUACGAGACAUGGGACACCCUGCUGCGGACCGUUUACAACAACACCGACUUGACAUCCGCCUUCUCAGUACCCAAAUCCAUCUUUGAGCUUGCUCCCAACGAAACUGGUCUUUUGGAGAGUCCAACCCAUAUUCCCACCAAGAUCGUGUACGAUCCAACCACUCUCGUAUCAGCUUGGCGCACAUUUCUCGACGCAGCCGAUACCGUACCAUCUCUGAGGUCGAACGUAGCAUAUCAGUUUGAUCUUGUCGAUCUCACACGGCAAUUACUCGCGAAUGCAUUUUAUCCCUUGUACAAUACCUUCCUUGCGCACACCGACCUUAAAAGGGAGGGACUUAACCAUCAAACUUCUCUCAAUGCAGCUACCCAAGCGCAGAACCAAAUGCUCUUCCUCCUGACGACGCUUGACGAUAUGUUGCGAUAUACUCCAAGUAGAUCGCCUGAAUCAUCACUCAUUUCCUGGGUCAACGCUGCUUGCUCAUGGGCAUAUUCCAACACCUGUGCGACGGACUAUAUGGCUCGAAAUGCUAUCAAUCAAGUCACGCUUUGGGGUCCCAACGGCGAGAUCAGCGACUAUGCAUCACGUCAAUGGGCAGGGCUUGUCGGCUCAUACUAUCUGCCACGGUGGCAGAUAUUCACAGAUGCAUACCUAAAAGCAUUUAGAAGUCACGUCUCCGUCAACCAGACAAGCUUGGGGGAGGAAAUAUUAGUUUGGGAGAGGUAUCAGCAAGAAGGUGCAUUGGUACAAAAUAUGGGCGAGUUGAAGAAUUCAGGAGAGUUAUGGGAUGUGGUGAAACGUAUUGAGGAAGAGUGGUGUGACUUAUUGGCCUGUUAG